AAUUUGAAUUUGAUUCUACAAGAGUGACAUAAAGAUUUUAAGCCCGAUCUGGAUUGAAUACUUUAUAUUCACAGCAUGAUAAUUUUAAUUAUUAUUAAUUCUAGUUGCAGGAAGAGGAACACAAUUUUUAUAUCUGGCGUCUUUAUAGUGCUGUUUAUCGUCACAAUGACGUCAUAUUUAUUUAGAAAAACAGAACAUACAGACUUUCCAACGUACUGGAAACAGACAACAAUAUUUCCACGACACAGAGGUAAUACUCUAGUUGAUAAGACAGACGUCGUUCUCCAGUACGAUUCAUUAACAAGAUAUGACUCUAAAGUAUUCAACGAAGACAGUACCAUGGAUGCCAACAAACAAAAGGACAAAGAUAAUCUAACAAAAACCGUGAAAAGUUUACCACUUCAACCAUCAAUAAAUAGUAAAGUUCAACAAUCAAUAAACAGUAAACUAGAAACUACUAAGGAGGUAACGCACGUAGGAUUUCUUAAAGUACACAAAGCAGCAAGUUCUACUGCGCAAAGCAUCAUUCUUCGUUUUGGACUGGAAAGAAACUUGUCCAUCGUCAUUCCUACUCCUAUCCAUUAUAUAUCAAAGAGGAAAUAUUUCUUUAGUGACAUAUGGCCGUCUUUCCACGAAUUGUCAAGUGUUCGUGGAAAUAUUGAUACAAAACUAAAGUACGAUAUUCUGUCUCACCAUAUGGUGUUUAAUCACAAAAAAGUUUCACAGCUUCUACAUAAUGAUACAGUUUACGUCGCAAUUGUCCGGGAUCCUUUUGAUCUUUUUGUAUCAGCCGCAGUGUAUUAUAAAUUUGCAUUUAAAACGCCUUAUCAUUAUCUCUUUCCAAACUGUCCAACGAGACAUUCAUAACUGAUUUAAUUAGAAAUCCUAAACAAUUUGAAGCGUCAUCUAAAUUCAACUCUGUGACAUAUAACCUAAU